AUGAGCACCCGACCACGCCUUAGCAACAGCACUCUUGACGAGGAGGACUUUAAUGAGACCUUUGACUCUCCGAAAGACCUUUCUGUUGACGCUCGCGAAACCCAAACUCGCAACUCGUUGAAGCAAAAGACCAAGCGUAGGCAAUCUCGCCUUCCACGUACCCUCAUGGCUGAACCUGGAAACAAUCUCUUGACUACUAUUGUGGGAGACGAGGACGAACUGAGCAAAGGAAGCAACCACAGCACUCGCAGUGCACGGUCACCUCGCCGACAACGAAUGGCUGGUCUAGCAGAAGGAGGCCAGGAUCGUCGAGCAAGAAGAUGCAGAUCCCUGGGACAACGACGCAGGUCAACGGGUGUCUCGUCUCAUGGAGGAUCCAAACAAAGAACUCUCGUCUCUGACGAUGACACUUGGGAAAUCUUCAAAGAAGCUCUCCAAAACAUGGCCUAG